AUGAUACAUCACAGUUUUGAUGCUCUCAAACAGAGCCACUGCGUCCAUGCCUGUCAGAUCGUUUUCCAGGCGAGUGCUCUUCUGAGAGCCGUCGGUCGGGGAGUUAGAUCUGAGCUCAAGAACACAUGUGUUGAGGUGGAGGAGCCUGAGGCCUGCCCCCCCCCCGUGGUUUCUUCUGGUUCCCCUCAGAACCUAGACCUGGAGACUGAUUAUGGUUCUGCGCCACACCUGGUGAACCCUCGAUUCAUCGCCCCCGGCCCUGAUGUCAUCACCUGUCCUCAGUCCAAGCCUCAGCAGUGUAGACUGAUGGCGGGUCCCUCUGCCCUGCCUGUGCUACAGAGGGAGGGGGAUGUAAUGCUGGGGGGCCUCUUCUCCCUCCAUGACAUGAUGCUGCAGCCUGACCUCUCCUUCACCUCCAAGCCAGCCCCCACACGCUGCACCGGGUUUAACUUCCGGACAUUCCGCUGGAUGCAGACCAUGAGGUUUGCCAUCGAGGAGAUCAACAGAGAUGAUCAUCUGCUCCCCAACUUCACUCUGGGAUAUAAGAUAUAUGAUUCGUGCAGUACUCCUUAUCACGCCCUGAGGGCUUCUGUGGAACUGAUGGGGGGAGAAGGGGAGGGAGAGGUGGAGGGGGGAUCCUGUCAUGGCCUGGUUCCGGUGGUCAUCGGGGAUGGAGGCUCCACUCUGUCUCUGGUGGUGGCUCGCUUCCUGGGAGUCUUCAGAGUACCUCAGGUCAGUUAUUUCUCUAGCUGUGCAUGUCUCAGUAACAAGGCAGAGUUCCCAGCCUUCCUCAGGACCAUGCCCAGUGACUUCUUCCAGGUGGAUGCCCUGGUGCAGCUCGUCCAGCACUUCAGCUGGAAAUGGGUGGGUGUGGUUGCCGGGGACGAUGCAUAUGGUCGUGGGGGAGCCCAAAUAUUUUCUGAGAAGGUGCAGAAGCUCGGUGCCUGCGUGGCCCUCCAUGAAAUCAUCCCCAAAAACCACGCGGAGGGGGCCAUGGCCUCCAUCGUUGCCCGUAUUCGGUCCUCCGGGGCUGGGGUGGUUCUGGUGUUUGCCCUGGAGCAGGAUGCUGGAGCUUUGUUUGACGAGGCCCUGCGGCAAGGUCUGACAGGGGUGCAGUGGCUGGCCAGCGAAGCCUGGAGUACAGCCUCAGUUCUCUCCACCCCUCCCCGCUUCCUCCCUAUCCUCCAGGGCUCUAUGGGCUUUGCCAUCCGCCGAGCUGUGCACAUCCCUGGACUACAGGAGUUCCUGCUGCGUCUGCACCCCUCAGGCCCAGAUGCCUCCAAGGACCCGUUCCUACGCCCUUUCUGGGAGGAGGUGUUUAGGUGUAGCCUGCAGGGUGAUGGGGGUGGAGAUAGUCAGAGGGGUAAACCUCUGUGCUCUGGGUCUGAGGACCUGGGCAGUGUCAGGAACAUCUACUCUGACGUGUCUCAGUUGAGGAUAUCCUAUAAUGUGUACAAGGCUGUGUACGCCAUUGCCCAUGCACUGCAUGCUAUGAGGAGCUGCGAGACAGGAAGAGGACCUUUCCAUCUGCAUGCCUGCCCAAAUACUGACAGUGUACAGCCAUGGCAGCUCCUGCACUACCUGAAGCAGGUGGAGUUCUCUAACUCGUUUGGUGAUGAGACUAAGUUUGAUGUGAACGGGGACCCAGUGGCUGUGUAUGACCUGGUGAACUGGCAGUUAGAGGCAGACGGUCAGGUGGAGUUUGUCACAGUGGGGAGGUUUGACGAGACUACCAGCCUGGGCAGGAAGAAACUAUACAUCCAGAAAACGGACAUCAUCUGGAAUGGAAACCAGACAACAGUCCCUCUGUCAGUAUGCAGUAGCAGCUGUCCACCAGGCACUCGGAGGGCCAUCAGGCCUCACCUCCCUAUCUGCUGCUUUGACUGUGUGGUCUGUACAGCAGGAGAGAUUAGCAAUCAGACAGAUGCUACAGAAUGUGUCCGAUGCCUACCUGAGUUCUGGUCCAAUGAGGAGUGUACAGCCUGCAUCCCCAAGCUGGUUGACUUCCUGUCCUACAGUGACACAAUGGGUAUCGCUCUGCUCUCCGUGGCCCUCCUGGGGUCCUUCUGCACUGCCACAGUCAUCCUCAUAUUCUCCUGUCACCACGCCACCCCCAUCGUCAGGGCCAACAACUCUGAGCUGAGCUUCCUGCUGCUCUUCUCCUUGACUCUGUGUUUUCUGUGUUCUCUUACUUUCAUUGGCCGGCCCUCUGAGUGGUCCUGUAUGCUGCGUCACACAGCGUUUGGGAUCACCUUCGUCCUCUGCAUCUCUUGUGUUCUGGGGAAAACAAUAGUGGUGUUGAUGGCCUUCAGGGCUACACUUCCAGCCAGUAAUGUCAUGAAAUGGUUUGGGCCUCUACAGCAGAGAGCCUUCAUCUCACUCUGUACUCUGGUCCAGGUGGUGAUCUGUGCUGUGUGGCUGGCUGUUUCCCCUCCCAGCCCACGCAGACUGAUGACACGUGAGAGUGCCUGUGUCAUCCUCCUAUGUGAUGAGGGCUCAACUCUGGGCUUCUGCCUGGUGCUGGGCUACAUCGGCCUUCUGGCCUCCCUCUGUCUCCUCUUAGCCUUCCUGGCCAGGAAACUCCCAGACAACUUCAAUGAGGCCAAGUUCAUCACCUUCAGCAUGCUGAUCUUCUGUGCUGUGUGGGUGGCCUUCAUCCCUGCCUACGUCAGCUCUCCUGGGAAGUACUCCACGGCCACGGAGGUGUUCGCCAUCCUGGGCUCCAGUUUCGGCCUGCUGACCUGCCUCUUCCUGCCCAAAUGUUACAUAAUUCUGCUGAAGCCUGAGAAGAACAACAGGAAACACCUCAUGGCCAAGUCUGCAGCUGACAAGACAUUCUAGUGGAUCUUACAACGUCUAUCAUUUAUAUCAGGGACCGGGCAACUGACGGCCCGCCCCCCCUUUUG